AACAAAUCGAAACCCUGGUGCACUUCACGCCGCGAUGAGCCAAAUGCUCCGCCGUUCCUAUCUUGGUCUUCGCAGCCUCCUCUCCACCUACGCUCAUGGAAGAUCUCUGAAUGCCAAACCCCUCGCGCAAUGCAGCUCCACAAAGCUCCAUCCUUUUUGCAGUCCAGCACCUGCGAUUCUACCGAUUCAGUUCAGGAUUACGCCGAAUGCUAGAAAAUACAGCGCCGAAGCCGACAAUGAACUUGAGAAGGAGAAUGAGGAAAUAAGCGCGGAGGAUCACAGGAAAAUUGAUGAAGAAAUCGACAAUAUGGAUCUGAGUGAUAAGGAAAAGUUCAAGCUGAAGCUCGGGGAAUACCUUAACAAAUACGCGGGAAUGAGCGAGGAGGAGAUUGAGAAGCUUGAAGCACAGGUCGAUGCUGCUUUCGAUGGGGAAGAAAAGGAGAUUCGGUUCGAAGAUUUCGAGCAAGAGAUAAAGAUCUUUGAGGAUCCUUUCAUCGACAGACAGCCUCCUCCGGAGCCCGAUGAGAAAACUAAGCGCGAAUUGAGUGAGCUCGUCGAAACUCUCAAAGAGUUGGUGGAUCAAAUGCCGGAGCAGAAACCUCGUAAAAUGCACGGUAAGAAGGGGAAACAAUCUGCCGAUGAAGGAUUCGAAGAUGGCGGAUGGAGUAACAAAAUCGAAUGAGUUUCAUAAAUUAGGGUUUCAUUGCGCCAAAUUAUGCCAAUAAAGGUUGAGGAUGAUUAGGGUUUUCUGAAUCUCGCCUGCUGUGCCGUGCAAUCGAGAUUGGUCCACUUUCCGCAGGUCUCGGGUUUGUUCUACGAAGGCAUGGUAGACGAUUUGAAGCUUCUGGUACUUGUUCUUUAAUAAGUAGGGGAUUUAGUCAAGAUCUUGUUGUAGAUCCUUUUCUGUGGAUAAACUUCUUUUUCCGAAUCUUCUUCUUGCUCUGUAGCCGUUUGGGAUGAAUUCGACAUGAUACACUUGUUCUGAAAUUCCAUCCAACUUUACUUUCAACUAGCUAAUGAAAAACAUCAUAUAAUGUAUUAA